GCAGCCCGAGCACGCCUCAGUGGGUGAAGCAGGACGAAUUCUACCUGACGUUCACUACCAGAGAAAUUGAAGAUGAGCCAGUCUUCGAUGAAAACACUUUCGUCCCGCAAACAGAGGAGGACUUUAAUGAGAAAACAGCUGCGGAGUUCGUGCGACUCAAAGCUGGUGUAUUAAUUUUUGCCCAAUCAGGUAUUUAUCCGUACGGCUACAAGACAAGCAAAUCUACUACUGGCGGCGAUAUUUUGGAGUUCUACCUCGCUAUCCAGGAGGGUGUUCUUAACUUUGACCUGACUCCAGACAUGCGCUACCAAUGUAAUGCAACCCACAGCGAAGUUAAGGCCCUCGGUCAGGUGUUAUUAAACAGUGAAAACAAGCCCUUCCCUUACGAAGACUGGCCGUGGAUUCCCUUCUACUUUUACGAGAUAUGGGAAGACAAUGUAGCGGUUAUGAAGUACACGUAUUUAAACGUAAAGGUCGGAAUGGAGAAUUCUUGGCUGAAUGAGAUUGUGUGUGAGGUGAAAGAUCAGAAUCAAAAGUUCCCCAUUGAGGUCAUAGUGGAAGCGUGUCCCAUCGGGCGGUUCGGGCGGUUCUGUGCGGAGCGCUGCCAGUGUUAUAACGGGGCCGCAUGUCACAGCUUCAACGGAGCGUGCAGGUGCGCCCCUGGCUGGACAGGAAGGAACUGCACCACAGUUCACCCAGAAGUGCGCAUCAGUCCUUCUACCAUUGAGCUGAACGACUUGCGGUUCGGACAGGAACUGCAGCUCAACUGCACUGCUUACAAUUUCCGUGUCAACAACUUCAACUGGCUCCUCGACGGCGCCCCUGUCAACCCAAAGUUGUUGGCCGAAACAAGUGAUAACAACUCUUUUGGUCUCUUCAUCAACUCUCUGCUGCCUGAGUACGAAGGUCACGUGACCUGUGAGGCAACCAGUGCAGGUGGAGAUCAGUACACAGACGUGGUGGACAUACGAAUAGCAGGUUGCCAGGAUAAUUAUUGGGGCGAGCUGUGUGACCAGGUCUGCAACUGUACAGACCAGGAGACCUGCAACCGGACCCUGGGCUGCGUCUGCUCUGGUGACGGGUGUUCGGACCCUCCAGUCUCCCAGACCGUCCUCUUGGCCGUCAGUCUAUCGGCAGGCACGCUGAUUCUCCUCCUACUCGGCGCCAUCUUCCUGCUCUACAGGCACAACAACAGGCUGCGGGUCGGAAACAUCGACGAUCCGGAAGUCUUCCAGCUCGGACAGGACCUCAAGGCCCUGAUGCCACCUGGGGCAGGCUCCUCGUCAGGCAGUAUCGACAUGGAGCUGCUGAAGGAAAGGGAGAUCGACAGGAGCAGGCUGCAGCUCAAACAACUCCUGGGAGAGGGCGCUUUUGGACAUGUCGUCAAGGCAACGAUGACGCAUCCUGAGGAAGAAGAUGUGGUGGUGGCUGUCAAGAAACUCAAAGACGAUGAUGAUCCCCAGGCCAGGCAAGACCUUCUGCGGGAAACCUGCAUCAUGUUGUUGUGCGGUAACCAUGACAACGUCCUCGGUCUGAAAGGCAUCUGUUUUAGAGACGGCCCGCUCCAACUGGUUCUGGAAUAUGCCGAACACGGGAGUCUCCUUCACCUGCUGUGGACGUUACGUGCGGAGUCCAAACUCAACAGGACCGUUCUGGUCAACAAACGGCACAUCUUCGAGAACAUGAUGGUGGAGGUCUGCUGCGGACUGGAGCACCUGGCGACCAGGAAGCUGGUUCACCGAGACAUCGCGGCCCGGAACAUUCUGAUCUGUGGGAAGGGAACCGCCAAGAUCGCGGACUUCGGGCUGGCCCGGGACAUGUACGCUGUGGGGUACCAUCGGCACGACAGGGGCCGCGAUCUGCUGCCGCUGAAGUGGAUGGCGCCGGAGGGCCUGAAGAACGAGGCUAGGUUCACUCACAAGAGUGACGUCUGGUCCUUCGGGGUUCUGUUGUGGGAAGUGGCGCAGCUGGGCCGCACGCCGUACCCUGGGAUGGAGGGGGCAGACAGAAUAUAUGAUGCUCUGCAAAACCACUUCAGACUCCCCAGGCCUCAGCUCUGUACAGAAGAAAGAUACCAGCUGAUGCUGAAGUGCUGGAAGUUUAACGAGAAGACCAGGCCGGACGCCACAACUGUCAGGAAACUACUGCAGGCGGAUCCAAACGGCUUUUUCUACUCCAACGCACCUGUGGCAGCGAUAGAGGCACCCGUAACUCCGGUAUGAGACCUGUGGCAGCGAUAGAGGCACCCGUAACUCCGGUAUGAGACCUGUGGCAGUGAUAGAGGCACCCGUAACUCCGGUAUGAUACCUGUGGCAGCGAUAGAGGCACCCGUAACUCCGGUAUGAUACCUGUGGCAGCGAUAGAGGCACCCGUAACUCCGGUAUGGGACCUCAUCGGACAUAAAAACAAGCCUGACGUCAGCGCGGGAUACAUCUUUUGACGUGACAAGACUGUAAAAUUCCUAGGGGAUUGACUAUUACAAAACCUCAUUUUUAUAUCUUGACUCGAACAGUGUGUUAAUAAGCUACAGAGUAGUGCAGCUUUCCUAAGCCGAUUGUCAUGUGUCUUGCACCUCAAAU